UCUCUCUCUCUCUCUGCGCUGCCUGCCAGAAUACAGUCUACAGCUGAGUGCAACGAGUUACCACAGACAGACAGAGAGCAGGCUGGCUGGUUGGACCGGUGCGUUUCCGAUACAACACUGCAUCGUUGUUUCAGAGCGAAGAGAAGGCAGACUAUAACACAGGCACCUACUGGUCUUCGCAGAUAGAGAGGCAGAAAUGUUGGUCAAAUUUGCAAUAGCGCUUCUGGUUUUGUCAGUUCUGGAGCAAGUGGUGGGAUUGGAUAAUAUCGAUGUUCAUGACAACCCGUCAGAGAAACCGGCGAGCCAGAAAGGACGUAUGUCUCUGCAGAACACAGCUGAGAUUCAGCACUGUCUGGUGAGUGCAGGAGACGUUGGCUGUGGUGUGUUUGAGUGUUUUGAGAACAACUCCUGUGAGAUCAGAGGCCUGCAGGAGAUCUGUCUGACCUUCCUACACAACGCCGGAAAGUUCGACUCCCAGGGUAAGUCGUUCAUAAAGGAUGCUCUGAAGUGCAUGGCCCACGGCUUGAGACACAAGUUCAGCUGCAUCAGCAGGAAGUGCCUGGCCAUUAAAGAGAUGGUGUUCCAGCUGCAGAGAGAGUGUUACCUCAGACACAACCUGUGUUCUGCAGCCAAGGAGAACGUUGCGGUCAUGGUGGAGAUGAUCCACUUCCAGGACCUCUUCCCUAAAGGGCCAUAUGUGGAGCUGGUUAACAUUCUACUGAGCUGUGGGGAGGAGGUGAAGGAGGCCUUAACCAGGAGCGUCCGGCUGCAGUGUGAGCAGAACUGGGGGGCUCUCUGUGACAGCCUGAGUGUCUGCUCUUCCCUCACCCCCUCUCCUGGUCAGGCCCCCUCCUCCCCCGACCACCGCCGCCACGGGUCCCCCCACUCUGAGCCAGACCACCCCCGACCCCCCCGACAGGGGGACAAGUCCAGUAAAGGAGGCUUCAACGCCCACCCCCGCAGCCGCAGCCAGGGUCCCCGCCGACAGAGCCCCGAGGCUGGGGUGGUGGCGGAGCAGGAAGACCCUGAGGCCACAGACAUCCGGAGGUGAAAGAGACAUUGGACCCUAACUAUCCUGAUUCUCCCCCCCGACCGUGUCACCAUCGCAGCCCUCCCCCCUCUCUCCCUCUCCUCUCCAGUCAUUCCAGCAGUCCCAAAUGGUAAAUCUGCAGGUAACAUGGUGUAGCUCGUUCAGUUACUCCAGAUUGUAGUCCACCAACGUUUCUGUUCAUUAUUGAAAUAUAAUAGGUAUUAUUAUCCUGAUUUGUAUCUGAAGUGUUAGGACGUCUUGGGCUCUAAUAGCGUUUCUAAAAAUCGUACUCACUGUAACAUUUCAUUAUAUUUGUAUUAUUUAUUUGAUUGUUUAAAUAUCCAAAUGUACAUAGAUAUACUUAUAUUUAUACAGUACGAACAUGUAUAAAUAUAGUCACCAUAUGCAGUACUGAUGUACUAUACGAUUAAAGUACAUGGUGUGUUCUGUCGUAUACCCUACCAUACCUCACGACACAUCACCACCCAUCACGACCCAUCACCACCCAUAGAUAUGUAACAUUCAGCUUUGUUGUUUCAAAGUGGGAAUGUGUUGGUAGUAUUAUAAUUCUAGAUACUUGAUGAUUAAAUACAAACUGUACUGGUUUUCAAGUCCAGUUCUGGCACAUAUGGCUUGUAGUGCAUGAGGUGGGUAACCAUGGAAAAGUAAACAAACUGGUACAUUCUCUGAUGGCCAGCUUCCAUCGUUAGGAUUCCUACUAUUAGGGAGCCCAGGACACAGCGUCUGUCUGUAGCAGCACAUUCAUAGUGUGUCUCAAAUAGCACCCUAUUCCCUACAGAGUGCACUGCUUUUGACCAGGGCUGUAUGGGCUAUUUGGGAUGCAGAAAUAGCAGACAUAGCUUAGGUCCUCUGAUUUCAGCUAAUGUGCAACCCCAUGCUUCCAGGUGCCUCAACAUGCUGGUCCCUUCUGUAGUGACUCCUCUCUGUGACGCUGAGGUUUACUAGAGUUCACUCGACUGGGGUGACAAUGUUGUACAUACAGUAAGUAGCACUAGGAAGAUCCAAAGGAGAUUUCCAAUUGAUUUGGUUUAAAGAUGAAUUAUUGAAACUUUUAUUGGAUUCAAGGCACAAAUGUUACUGUUGGGGUAACGUACUCGCAGAUGGUCCCCGGGACACGCUACAGACGGUACCAUGGGACACGCUGCAGACAGUCCCGGGGACACGCUACAGACGGACCCGGGGACACGCUGCAGACGGUACCAUGGGACAUGCUGCAGACAGUCCCCGGGACACGCUACAGACGGACCCGGGGACACGCUACAGACGGUCCUACAGACAGUCCGAAUGACAGACACGCCACACAGUCCGAAAGACACACACUACAGACGGUCCCAUGGGACACGCUACAGACGGUCCCGGGGACACGCUACAGACAGCCUGACAGACGGUCCUACAGACAGUCCGAAUGACAGACACGCCACACAGUCCGAAAGACACACACUACAGACGGUCCCAUGGGACACGCUGCAGACGGUCCCAUGGGACACGCUG